UCGAAGUGUCGGGACGUCCAACGUCUGUUGUUGGAGUAAUACAGUAUUUUAGUUAUCAUUUUGACAGUUACCAUAAUAUUUUUGAUAUUUUUUUCAAUUAGUGUUCAUUUGUAAUAAAAGUUAGAGAGAAAAAAAAAACGAUUUUACCAUAAAAUUAAUUAGAGUAAUAAAUUUAAAUGUGAUUUAAAUAUUUUUAUUUUUUGUACGUACAAUUAAUUUGUCAUCAAGACCCUGAAGAACUGGAUCUACUAGUGGAAGAUUUUAUAAAACUGUCAACAUAAAAAAAUGACAAGAUAUUGUAACUGGACAGCUUGAACUAGGAUUAAAGACUAAAUCUAAGCCAACGACAAAGAAAAAAAGUGCUGUGAAUAAUAAAUGUUUAACAUGUGGAAGUAAAUCUUGAUAUAAAAUCCAAGUGAAUAGAAUAGAAGUGUCUUAAUACCUUGAAGAAUUUUUUAAGAAGAAAAUCAAUAUGUCAUCAAGUGGUGAAUUCUCCACGCUUUCAAGCGGUGAAGCUACUGGGACUGGUGAUGACUCGUUACCAAGUUCUCGAGAAGCUACAGCAGAAGCAGCCAGUUCAAGUAGUGGAUUUUUACCAAUUCGAGAAUUCUUGGAUAGGUUUUCAUUACCAAGAGUUGUCAGAGUAGAAGGUGGUGGUGGAAGACCCAUUCUUUUGUAUAAACAGCAGCAGAGAUCUCUUAGGAUUACUGCAACACUCCUGAUGCAUCGUUAUCGACAUGACAUUAAAGUAGGACCGGAAAUUGUAAUCCCUGAAGGAUACCCUGGUUGGUUCUCGGUGGUACCAAAUAACAGCGGUUCCGGAAGUGCAAGGGCUUAUAGAAAAAUUGGUGCUCUAGUGAGAGCCGGUGUUCCGGCUUUUCUUCUAGCGAAACCUUUACGAGCUUAUACUCUCACUCACUCCAAAAUGGAGAAUGGCAAUUUACGAGCACAUUAUACCAAGACUACUGUCAGAGCUGGUGAGGUUUUACGUUUGGCAGCAGUAUUCCAGGACACACGAAGAGCUCCAGUAUCCACCGGAGUAACCGGAGUGACGAGUGGAGCUUCAGAAAAGAAUUCAAGGUCGUCGGAGAGAGAUCAGUACGCCCAGUGUCUCGACUCUCAGGGUCAUGAACUCUUUGCGCCUCUCUCGGCGAGAGGUGAAUUCUAUGCAACCUGUCAGAGUGGUAAUCUUGACACCGGAAGUGAUGCAGUCUUGUACAGGGUUCAUCAGCUUGCUAAACGAGAUUUACCUUUACGAGUACGAUUAGUGGCUGGUCCAUUACCGAUACCACUACCAAGAGAUUACAACGGUCUGAUGCAACUGGAGCAUGCAACAAAAGGACCGAUAGUCUUAGGAUGUGCAGUUCCACUAAUACCAGAACGCCCACUACCAGGAACUGCAGUUCCUGAACUUCUAGAACUAGUAGCAACCGGUCCCGGUGCACCGAGAGUGAAACGAGCUCGACUAGGUUGUCCAUCUGAAGCAAGGCUAUUAGCAUCUCCAAAAAUGCAACGAUUACUUUCCGCAUGCCGACGAGCGUUGGAUCAAAGAGCAACUGAACCCCGCGUUGCACCACCAAAGCCAGUGAGUACUUGUAUGCAAUUAAAGGAGCUGAAUUUAAAAGAGAUAAAGUCUAAACCAGAAGCGAAGCCAAUUUUACAGAGUUUAAAGGAAAGCUUGGAGCACAUAAAGAAGACAACAAUUCGAGAUCGGAGUCAUUCGAGAAGUAAUGGAAGCACGAGUAAUCACAGUUUCCUCGAGCGAAUAACAAAGAUAGCACACAGCAGUAGAAGUAGGAAUCCUGCAAAGAAGUCGGCGUCAUUCACCUUUGCAGUGCGACCGGAAAUCGGCAUGAGGUCACCGGAGCGUUACGCUAGUCUUGAAUCGGAUGCAAAUGCAUUGGGAUCAAACGUGUGUAUUGAGGGCGCUAUAGUGCGGCCACAAGUGCAGAGAUCGAUAUCAACAAGUGUCCUCGAGGUUCAGGAUAGAAGUGACCUCGAUCCUCCCUAUUCAAAGGUCAGGGACUGCCUGACUCCGCUUCCACCGUCACCGCCGCCUAAAGUAGAAGAUAUCUACACUGAAAUCUGCGAACCACCGGACAAUAACCGUACUGGAAAAAAUCAGUGUAGAUCGCAAGAAACAAAAUUACCACUACCGAGCAAGAUCAGUACCAGAGAGAAAGACCGUGGUUACGUUAAACUAGCUUCCCAUCCGGAAAUCUCAGACUUGUCUAAUGGCACAGAAGAUGAAGAGAGUAUUUACAAUACUGUGUGCUAAAGAUAAUGGGAAAGGACUCGUUCUCAUUUCAUCAUGUUACCAAUGUGAUUUACUUCCUCAUUGGAACAGGUCAAGGCUGCUAGAAAUGACUAAUGUGCAUGAAGAUCACCAACGUUUCGUAAUUGCUCCAGAUCGAUCAACAUAACUGCAAGCCUUUUUUUAUCAAUUAAAUUGUCAUGGUCGACAUCAUCUUUUUCCUUACCUUUACGUCUUAUAUUAGUAUUCUCCAUGUAAAUACGCUGAUCUACAAGUUUACGCGUUGCGUGACUCGCACGAUCCUAUACCGUGGAUAUAUGAUUACGACACGUGUACUUGACUGUAAUCUUAAACGCCCCAUAAGAAGAAUCUGUGGGGAUCACGAUGUAUCGAGAGCCAAGUCUGUCUUCAUGCCAUUUUCUGCUUUUUCUAAUAAAUUCUUACAUCAAAUUUGCUAAAAAGCAAUCAUUGAAGGUAAAGUUAUCAAGGUUUAUCCCAUCAAUAUCAAUGGAAACUCUCAUUCUCCAUCAUCUCUCUAACUCUAAUCAUUAAUUUGUAACAUUUGUAUGUUGUGUAAAUUCCAAGAAAUUUGCGUAAUAAAUAUCAUAUGAAUAUCAAA